AUCCAAUGUGAUAUUUUAUUUUUCUUCAUUUUUGAAUUUUCCAUUAUUUGAUACUGUAGUAUACGUUGGUCUACCUGUUACUCAACACUGUCUACCGAUAUCAGACGCCGUAACCCGACAACCGGAGGUACCUUACGAUACUCCCAAGCAAACAAACAAAGCAGCUUCGGAACGAUUUAAUCGUCACAAUUCACAAAGUCUAGCAUUUGCCCGUUGCAUUUGCAUACUUGCAUAACACAUUACCUGUGACGGUUGACACCUCGCCACAAUGAGCACGCCAACCACAUUCCUGCCAGAUGGCGUGAACACCUGCGAAGAGAGGGUAGCCUGGGCACGAGACCGACGAGAUCAAAGCCUUGCGAAAGUAGAACCAAAACUGGAAGGCAUACCAUCAGAGCUUCCCCAGAACUCACAAGGCCUGGCGCAAGUCGUACUCACACCUAGGGAGAUCGAGAUUACGGAAAAGUACUCCGUCACAGAGCUUCUCGCACUUCUCAAAGGCAGGAAGAUUUCAGUCGAGGAAGUCACUCGGGCAUUUCUACGUCGAGCGGCGCUUGCUCAGGCAGCUACAAACUGCUUGACAGAGCUACUAUGGGAUCAGGCCAUCGCCCGAGCAAAAGAGCUCGACUCACUCCCAGAACCUAAGGGUAUGCUCUUCGGUUUGCCCAUUUCUACCAAGGAACAUCAUGGUAUGGUGGGACCUAACGUUACCACACAUGCUUCGUUCGUAGCUUGGAUUGGCAAACCACAUGGAUCCAAUCUGCUAUACGAUACCCUAUGGGAGCAAGGUUGUGUGUUCUAUGCGCGAACUACGCAGCCUCAAUGGAUUAUGCAGUUGGAGACCGAUAGCGUAGUGUAUGGGAGGACUGUUCAUCCGUCUAACAAUAAAUUAUCUCCUGGUGGCAGUAGUGGUGGGGAGGGUGCGAUGUUAGGCAUGCGAGCGAGUAUACUGGGUGUUGGAGGAGACAUAGGCGGAAGUAUUCGCUGUCCUGCAGCUCACGUUGGCGUGUACGGCUUCAAGCCUACGUUGAAGCGCAUAUCCGUUAUGGGAGCAAGAGCAAUGAUGGUGGGCAAAGAAACUCUAGUCUCUACACCCGGGCCCAUGAGCGUCGAACGCGACGCCCUCGAACUCUUCAUGCAAGCAGCCGUUUCAACAAAGCCAUGGCUAAUUGAUCCAUCUCUUACCCCUCUACCUUGGACACCACAUCAAUUCUCUAAACCACUCAAGGUCGCCGUCAUGUGGUGGGACGGUGUCGUGCAACCUCAUCCACCAAUGACGAGAGCAUUGAAAGAAGUCGCCGACGCCUGCCGCAAAGCCGGUAUGGAAGUGGUAGACUGGGACGCAGUGCCUCUGGAUCAUGCAAAGGGAUGGGAAAUCAUCACCGGUCUCUUCUUCCCUGAUGGUGGAGAAGAGGCGAUCAAGAGGGCCGAGGAGGUUGGAGAGCCGAUUCUUCCUCUCACCAGACUCGUCGUGCAUGACCAGCCAAACAUGAAACACCUCACGCAACACGAACUUUGGGAUCUUUGCCGCCGCAGAGACGAGUAUCGCGUGGAAUACGCCCGUGCUUGGAGAGAGGCAACCGCUGCCGACGGCAGGGAAAUCGACGUAAUACUAUGUCCUCCAAAUUUCGGCGCCGCGACGCCUCACAAUCAGUCUCGCUACUGGGGCUACACGUCGCAUUGGAACGUGUUGGAUUGGCCGGGAGCAGUUUUCCCUGUCACCCACGUCUCCAUUGAGAAGGACCCCAUCGACACCUCCUAUGUGCCAAAGAACGAGGAGGAUAAAUUUGUGUACGAGAUGUACAAACCUGAGGUAUUCGUCGAUAUGCCGGUAAGUCUUCAGGUUGUCGCUCGACGCAAUGAGGACGAGAAGGUUCUCGCGGCUCUGAAACUCAUUGAACAAGCUAUGGGGCGACCGUAGAGCAUCAUCAAUCAAUAUAAAUUCUUCAUUUGCUCAA